CCGUACCACGGUACCACCGCCGGCAUUGCACAAACUUCCCACUGGGUACACGCACAUAUAUAAACGUUCACACGCCUGCUGCUUCUGGCUUCCAAAUAAGAUAUUCCCCAUUUGGUCCUUUCAAACCGCUCGCUUCUCUCCCUCUCUCUCUCCUCACUCUCUCUUUCUCUAUCCUCCUCUCUCUCGCUCCGAGGGUUUGAGCUUGCAAAUCCUAAUUUGACCGACUUCUAUGGCAGUGCUCGGGCGCCGAUCACACUCCGUUUGCGCAUUCUUCAGGUCGUGAUCUCCGGCUGAUCGUGUCCGAUAAGUGGCGGUUCGUUUCGCCACCAUGUUUGAAGCACACGUUCUGCAUUUGCUUCGAAGAUAUUUGGGCGAAUAUGUCCACGGACUCUCAGUUGAAGCUUUAAGAAUCAGUGUCUGGAAAGGUGAUGUUGUUCUCAAAGAUUUGAAGUUGAAGGCAGAGGCCUUAAAUUCACUGAAACUUCCAGUCACUGUGAAAGCUGGUUUUAUUGGUACCAUUACAUUAAAGGUUCCCUGGAAAAGUUUAGGCAAAGAACCUGUCAUUGUUCUCAUUGACCGUGUUUUCAUUCUUGCUUAUCCACUUACUGAUGGCCAGAAUCUCAAGGAGGACAGGGAAAAACUAUUUGAAUCCAAACUUCAACAGAUUGAGGAAACAGAGGCAGCAACUCUUGAAGCAAUGUCGAAGUCAAGGCUAGGAAGUCCACCUCCUGGGAAUUCAUGGCUAGGUUCCCUCAUUGCUACUAUUAUCGGAAAUCUGAAGAUAUCAAUUAGCAAUGUACAUGUUAGAUAUGAGGAUUCAAUCAGCAAUCCAGGACAUCCAUUUUGUUCGGGUGUUACUUUAGCCAAGCUCGCUGCUGUUACAAUGGACGAGCAAGGGAAUGAAACAUUUGAUACCAGUGGUGCGCUUGAUAAGUUGCGGAAGUCCUUGCAACUUGAGAGACUUGCUAUGUAUCAUGAUUCUGAUAGUGUUCCUUGGAAGAUAGAUAAGGGAUGGGAAGAUCUCACUCCUGAGGAAUGGAUUCAGAUCUUUGAAGAUGGUAUAGAUGAACCUGCUGAUGACAGUGGAAUGGUGUCUAAGUGGGCUGUGAAUCGCAAGUAUUUGGUGUCACCUAUAAAUGGAGUUUUAAAAUAUCACCGCAUUGGAAAUCAAGAAAGAAAUGAUCCAGAGGUUCCGUUUGAGAAGGCUUCCCUUGUGCUGAGUGAUGUUUCUUUGACAAUAACUGAGGCCCAAUAUUAUGAUUGGAUAAAACUAUUAGAAGUUGUUUCAAGAUACAAGGCUUAUGUUGAUGUUGCCCAUCUGAGACCUUUGGUGCCAGUUUCAAAGGGUCCGUAUUUGUGGUGGCGCUAUGCUGCUCAAGCAACCCUGCAGCAGAAGAAAAUGUGUUACCGAUUCUCUUGGGACCGCAUUCGAGAUCUUUGUCAGCUUCGCCGCCGUUACAUUCAGUUGUAUGCUGGUUCACUGCAACACUCAUCAAACGUUAAUAAUGCAGAAAUUAGAGAAAUUGAGAAAGAUCUGGAUUCUAAAGUAAUUCUUUUGUGGAGGUUACUUGCACAUGCAAAGGUAGAAUCUGUUAAAUCCAAGGAAGCAGCUGAACAGAGGUCAUUGCAGAAGAAAAGCUGGUUUUCAUAUAUGUGGCGUACACCUGCUGAAGAUUCUGCCAUUGUGGAUGCUUCUGAGGGAUCACAGUUAACGGAAGAAAGACUGACUAAAGAGGAAUGGCAGGCAAUCAAUAAGUUACUGAGUUAUCAGCCAGAUGAAGCAGUGACAGCACAUUCAGGAAAAGACAUGCAGAAUAUGAUCCGGUUUUUGGUAACUGUGUCUGUUGGUCAAGCAGCUGCUAGGAUCAUUGAUAUAAAUCAAAUGGAGGUUGUGUGUUGUAGAUUUGAGCAACUUCAAGUCUCAACCAAAUUUAAACAUCGAAGUACCUACUGUGACGUGUCCUUGAAAUUCUAUGGUUUGUCUGCGCCUGAAGGCUCACUUGCCCAGAGUGUCUGUAGUGAGAAGAAGGUGAAUGCACUAGCCGCUAGCUUUGUACACUCUCCAGUUGGAGAGAAUGUUGACUGGAGGCUGUCAGCUACAAUUUCUCCCUGCUACGUCACGGUUUUGAUGGAAAGCUUUCAUAGAUUUUUAGAAUUUGUGAAAAGGAGUAAUGCAGUUAGUCCUACUGUCACGUUGGAAACUGCAACUGCUUUGCAGAUGAAAAUCGAGCAAGUAACUCGUAGAGCACAGGAGCAGUUUCAAAUGGUAUUAGAAGAACAAAGCAGAUUUGCUCUUGAUAUCGACUUAGAUGCCCCAAAAGUAAGAGUUCCUAUCAGAACUUGUGGCUCUUCUCAAUGUGAUAGCCAUUUUCUUUUGGAUUUUGGUCAUUUCACGCUGCACACAAAGGAUGGUCAGCAUGACGAACAGAGGCAGAACUUAUAUUCUCGGUUUUUUAUAACUGGAAGAGAUAUUGCUGCCUUUUUUAUGGAUUGUGGUCCUGACUGUCGAAGUUGCACUUUGGAUGUACCAGAUUAUGAUAAUCACCCACCUUUAUCUCCUACCACCUACAAUGUUGAGAAUUGCUAUUCUCUCAUAGAUAGGUGUGGAAUGGCUGUACUUGUUGACCGGAUCAAAGUGCCCCACCCAAGUUACCCGUCAAUGCGCAUCUCAAUUCAAGUGCCAAACCUUGGGAUUCACUUUUCACCAUCGAGAUUCCAGAGGCUCAUGAAACUUUUAAACAUAUUUACAUUGGAAACUUGCAGUCAGCCUGCUCUUGAUGAUUUUCAAGCAGAAACUCCAUGGAGUCCAGCAGAUCUUUCUGCAGAAGCUAGAAUUUUAGCAUGGAGGGGGAUUGGCAAUUCUGUGGCUACCUGGCAACCAUGUUAUCUUGUGUUGUCGGGAAUAAAUCUUUAUGUGCUGGAGUCUGAAAAGUCACAGAGUUACCUGCGACACUCAAGCAUGGCUGGUAGACAGGUAUAUGAGGUUCCCCCAGAAAACAUUGGUGGUUCACUGUUUUGUCUCGCUGUAAGUUACAGGGGAAUGGACAAUCAAAAGGCUUUGGAGUCUCCUACUACCUUGAUUAUAGAGUUUCGGGCUGAGGACGAGAAGGCCAUUUGGUUGAAAGGGCUUAUACACGCUACAUAUAAAGCUUCUGCUCCCCCAUCAGUUAAUGUAUUGGAAGAAACAAGUGAUCCCCCUGAAUAUGGUGAACCCCAGACUACGAAUUCAAAAAUAGCUGACCUAGUUCUUAAUGGGGCACUGGUGGAGACAAAGAUAUUCAUAUAUGGAAAGACUGCUGAUAAAGUUGUUGAAGAACAUGGUGAGACUCUUAUUCUUGAGGUUCUUGCCAAUGGUGGGAAGUUACACAUGAUUCGCUGGGAAGGUGACCUGACACUUAAGAUGAAACUGCACUCUUUAAAAGUCAAAGAUGAGCUUCAAGUUCGUCUGUCAACAACCCCUCAGUAUUUAGCUUGCUCCGUGCUAAACAAUGACAAUAUAGUUUCUUCUCCUGGCAUAGUUGAUCCACACAUGAAAGAAAUGUCUGCUUUGCUUCAUGAGGAUGAUGAUACUUUUACAGAUGCUUUGCCAGAUUUUAUGUCUAUCUCCAAUACAGGCUUAGGUUCACAGAUAAUGGAUAUGGAUGCAUGUGCAACCACUGAGGACAUCAAUGAUGAUACUGGAUUUGCAUCUCCACAGGCCAUACAUGAAAAAAAUUUGGUUAAGGAAAAGGUCAUUUCUGGUGAGACAUUUUAUGAGGCGGAGGGCGGUGAUAAUUCAAAUUUUGUAUCUGUUAACUUCUUGACUCGGAGUUCUAGCUCGCCUGAUUAUAAUGGUGUUGAUACCCAGAUGAAUCUCCGCAUGUCAAAAUUGGAGUUCUUUUGCAACAGACCCACUAUUGUUGCUUUGAUUGAUUUUGGCCUGGAUUUAAGCUCUGUGUAUGACGCAGAAGGUAGUGCAGGCAUGACUAAGGUUCCAGAUGAUAAACAUUUUAUGAACAAAGAAAAGACUGAAGAAAAUGGGCGUGUCAAGGGGUUGCUGGGUUAUGGUAAAGGUCGUGUAGUAUUUUAUUUAAGCAUGAAUGUUGACAAUGUGACUGUGUUUCUCAACAAAGAGGAUGGCUCUUCGUUUGCGAUGUUUGUGCAAGAAAGUUUCCUGCUGGAUCUCAAGGUCCACCCAAGUUCUCUUUCCAUUGAAGGCGCCCUAGGAAAUUUUAGACUUCGUGAUAUGUCUCUUGGAGCAGAUCACUGUUGGGAUUGGCUUUGUGAUAUACGUAAUCCAGGUGUUGAAUCCCUUAUCAAGUUCAAAUUUAACUCUUAUAGUGCUGAAGAUGAUGACUAUGAAGGAUAUGAUUACAGUUUGUGUUGCCGACUUUCUGCUGUCCGCAUCAUUUUCCUCUAUAGGUUUGUUCAGGAGAUAACAGUGUACUUUAUGGAACUUGCCACCCCACAUACCGAAGAGGCAAUCAAACUUGUUGACAAAGUUGGAGGCUUUGAGUGGCUGAUUCAGAAAUAUGAGAUUGAUGGAGCUACAGCAUUGAAGCUGGACCUGUCACUUGAUACUCCAAUAAUCCUUGUUCCAAGGAAUUCAAGAAGCAAAGAUUUCAUUCAACUUGAUCUGGGACAGCUAAAAGUCACAAAUGAACUUAGUUGGUAUGGUUCCCCUGAGAAAGAUCCUUCAGCUGUCCAUAUUGAUGUCCUUCAUGCUGAGAUUAUGGGGAUCAACAUGUCUGUAGGAAUUGACGGUCGCUUGGGCAAAUCAAUGAUACGAGAAGGCAAAGGACUUGAUGCUUAUGUGAGGAGAAGUUUGAGGGAUGUCUUCAAGAAAGUUCCAACAAUUUCUCUUGAAGUGAAGGUUGGAUUAUUGCACAGUGUCAUGUCUGACAAAGAAUAUAAAGUCAUUCUGGACUGUGCAUACAUGAACUUAUGCGAAGAGCCAAAGCUUCCCCCUAGUUUCCGUGGUGGUAAAUCUGAUUCAAAGGAUACAAUGAGACUGCUGGCUGAUAAGGUCAACAUGAACAGUCAACUCCUACUAUCAAAAACUGUUACCAUAGUGGCAGUUGUGAUUGAUCAUGCCCUGUUGGAAUUGUAUAAUGGCAUUCAUGCGGAGUCUCCUUUCGCACAAAUUGCUAUCGAAGGUCUUUGGGUAUCAUAUCGGAUGACUUCAUUGUCAGAGAUAGAUCUCUACAUAACCAUUCCGAAAUUUUCUGUUGUCGACAUUCGGCCCGAUACAAAACCUGAAAUGCGCCUAAUGCUUGGAUCAUCCACUGAUGAUUCCAAACAAGUUUCUUCUGGAAGUUUGCCCUUUUCCUUGAAUAAGGGGAGCUUUAGAAGAACAGACUCUGAUGCUGGAUUUUCUCAUGUGGAUUUACCAAUAUCAACAAUGUUCUUGAUGGACUAUAGAUGGCGCAAAUCUUCCCAAUCAUUUGUGGUUAGGGUUCAGCAACCUCGAGUUCUUGUUGUAGCUGAUUUCCUUUUGGCUGUGGGUGAGUUUUUUGUGCCUGCAUUACGAACAAUAACUGGUAGAGAGGAAGUGAUGGAUCCUACGAAUGAUCCCAUUGGUAAAAACUGUAGCAUAGUAUUCUCUGGACCUAUUUACAAACAGACAGAAGAUGUGGUGCACUUGUCUCCAAGUAGACAGUUAGUAGCAGAUUUUUUGCACAUUGAUGAAUAUACAUAUGAUGGAUGUGGAAAGACCAUCUAUUUGAGUGCGGAAAUGGACGCAAAAGAACUCCAUUCAACUAGGCCUCGGCCCAUUAUUAUAAUUGGACAUGGAAAGAGGUUGCGAUUCAUGAAUGUCAAAAUUGAGAAUGGUUCUAUUUUGAGGAAGUAUACACAUUUGAGUAAUGAUAGCAGCUACUCAGUAUCUUCAGAGGAUGGUGUGGACAUCACGUUGCUGGACAGUUACUCAUCUGAUGAUGACAAGAAGGGUUUAGAAGACUUGCAUAAAUCGUCAGACACCUCCAACAUUUCUUCAGAUUCUGAAAGUGAUCCAAAUAUGAUCCCGAGUUUCAGUUUUGAAGCACAGGUAGUUUCUCCUGAGUUUACCUUCUAUGAUUCUUCAAAGUCUUCUCUGGAUGAUUCAUAUGGUGAAAAGCUUCUCCGUGCAAAGUUGGAUUUUAGCUUCAUGUAUGCAUCCAAAGAAAAUGAUACCUGGGUUCGAGCCCUGGUGAAAGAUCUUACAGUUGAGGCUGGUUCUGGUCUUAUUGUUCUUGAUCCAGUGGAUAUAUCAGGGGGUUACACUUCUGUGAAGGACAAAACAAAUAUGUCUUUGUUAUCAACCGAUGUUUGCUUCCAUCUUUCACUGAGUGUUGUGUCUCUUAUACUUAAUUUGCAAAGCCAGGCAACAUCAGCAUUGCAAUUCGGAAAUUCUAUGCCGUUGGCUGGAUGUACCAAUUUUGAUCGAAUUUGGGUGUCCCCAAAAGAAAAUGGAUCCUCUUACAACCUUACCUUUUGGAGGCCUCGAGCACCUUCAAAUUAUGUUAUACUGGGCGACUGUGUGACAUCAAGGCCAGUUCCUCCUUCACAGGCAGUAAUGGCAGUGAGUAAUGCAUAUGGGCGUGUGCGUAAACCAAUUGGUUUUAAUCUCAUAGGCUUGUUCUCUGCUAUUCAAGGAUUUGGUGGGGGUGAUUCUGAUGUUGGUAGUGAUUGUUCUCUUUGGAUGCCCGUAGCACCACCCGGAUACACAACAUUGGGUUGUAUAGCAAAUAUAGGGAAAGAGCAGCCACCUAAUCAUAUUGUUUAUUGCAUACGUUCUGAUCUUGUUACAUCAACAACAUAUUCAGAAUGCUUAUUUUCUCUAUCAAAUCCUCAAUUUGCAUCUGGAUUUAGCAUCUGGCGCAUGGAGAAUGUUCUUGGAUCAUUUCAUGCCCAUUCUUCUACUGAAUGCCCUUCUGAAGACAAUUGUUGUAACCUCAAUCAUCUUCUUCUUUGGAAUUGGAAUCGGCAUCAGUCUUCUCCUAAAGAAUCCGCCUCACAUUUGGCUGUUGAUAAUAACUAUGCAAGUCAGCAAACCAGAAACCAGACUGGAAAUUCUUCUGGAUGGGAUAUCGUCAGAUCAAUUUCAAAGGCAAUUAAUUGUUUUAUGUCGACCCCCAAUUUUGAGAGAAUCUGGUGGGACAAGGGUAGUGACCUCCGCCGACCAGUCUCAGUAUGGCGGCCCAUUCCACGUCGCGGCUAUGCCAUAUUGGGUGAUUGCAUAACCGAAGGCUUAGAACCUCCAGCUGUGGGCAUAAUUUUUAAGGCUGAUGAUCCUGAAGUAUCUGCGAAACCUGUACAAUUUACUAAAGUUGCCCAUGUUGUAGGGAAGGGUUUUGAUGAAGUAUUCUUUUGGUACCCAGUUGCUCCACCUGGUUAUGCAUCUCUUGGAUGCAUAGUCUCCAGGACGAAUGAAGCCCCAUGUGUUGAUACAAUUUGUUGCCCUAGGAUGGAUCUUGUUAACCAAGCUAAUAUUCUUGAGGCGCCAAUUUCAAGAUCUUCAACUUCCAAGGGAUCUCAAUGUUGGAGCAUUUGGAGAGUUGAAAAUCAGGCCUCCACUUUUCUUGCACGGGAUGAUCUGAAAAAACCGUCAAGCAGAUUGGCUUAUGCUAUUGGUGAUUCCAUGAAGCCAAAGACUAGGGAAAAUAUAACUGCAGAGGUGAAGCUGAGAUGCUUCUCUUUAACUGUUCUAGACAGCUUAUGUGGAAUGAUGACACCACUAUUCGACACGACAAUCACCAAUAUCAAGCUUGCAACACAUGGUCGACUGGAGGCUAUGAAUGCAGUACUGAUUUCCUCAAUUGCUGCAUCAACCUUCAAUACUCAAUUAGAAGCGUGGGAACCACUUGUGGAGCCUUUCGAUGGAAUAUUCAAGUUGGAAACUUAUGAUACUCAUGUGCACUCGCCAUCAAAAUAUGGGAAGACACUGCGAAUUGCGGCCACCAGUAUCCUUAAUUUAAAUGUCAGUGCUGCAAACCUUGAAACUUUUAUUGGGAGUGUUCUUUCUUGGAGAAGACAAUUUGAACUUGAACAGAAAGCAAUGAAGAUAAAUGAGGAAUCUGGUGGUCUAUGUGGACACGGAGAGGACCAGACUUUAUCUGCAUUGGAUGAAGAUGACUUUCAGACUGUAGUAGUAGAGAAUAAACUUGGGUGUGAGAUCUAUGUGAAAAGAGUUGAGGAAAAUGCACACAGAGUGGACCGGUUACAUCAUGGUGACUACGUUUCUAUAUGGGUGCCACCUCCAAGGUUUUCUGAUAGGUUCAACGUUGUAGACGAAUCUAAGGAAGCACGCUAUUAUGUUGCUAUACAGAUCCACGAAGCCAAGGGUUUACCUAUUGAAGAUGAUGGUAACAGCCACAACUUCUUCUGUGCUUUGCGCCUUGUUGUUGAUAGUCAACCAACAGAUCAUCAAAAACUUUUUCCUCAAAGUGCAAGGACAAAAUGUGUUAAGCCUGCAGUUUCAAAUUUCAAUAACUUGAAUGAAGGCACAGCGGAAUGGAAUGAACUUUUCAUUUUUGAAGUUCCUCGGAAGGGCCCAGCAAAACUGGAAGUAGAGGUGACAAACCUUGCAGCAAAAGCAGGAAAGGGUGAAGUUGUGGGUGCGCUCUCAUUUUCUGUUGGGCAAGGUGCAAAUAUGUUGAGGAAAAUAGCUUCAAUUAGGGUGUUCCAUCAAGGUCAUGAUGUUCAGAACAUGGUAUCACAUCCACUAAGAGGCAGGGCUCAACAUAACAGUACUGAAGACAUGGACGAAUGUGGAUGCCUUCUGGUUUCAACUUCUUAUUUUGAGAGGAAAACAACUCCAAGUUUUCAAAGAGAUUUGGAGGCCGAAAAUGCAACCGAUAGAGACAUAGGUUUCUCUGUCGGACUUGGCCCAGAUGGUGUUUGGCAGAACAUUCGGUCAUUGCUUCCAUUGUCAGUUGUCCCAAAAUCAUUACAGAAUGGUUUCAUGGCUUUGGAAGUUGUUAUGAAAAAUGGCAAGAAGCAUGCAAUUUUCAGGGGUCUUGCAACAGUUGUAAAUGAGACCAAUGUUAAGUUGAAAAUUUCAGUAUGUCAUGCAUCUCGAAUUCAAGGUCGUGAUUCCUCUCUUGGAAGAAGUGAUAGCAUAAAUCCUGGGAGUUCUUUUAUUUUGCCUUGGAGAAGUACAUCUAGUGAUUCUGACCAGUGCUUACAAAUAUGUCCUUCUGUUGAUCAUCCUCAGCCUCCAUAUUCAUGGGGUUCUCUCGAGGCAGUGGGUACUGGUUAUACGUAUGGAAAGGACCUGACUGUUAUAGAUCAGGUUUCACUUUCUAGACAAUAUACUUCAAAGCAGGAAAAUAAGAUGCCAAAUGUUACUUUCAAGUUGAAUCAGCUGGAGAAGAAGGAUAUACUUUUGUGUUGUACUAGUACCGUAAACAAACAGUUUUGGCUUAGUGUCGGGGCGGAUGCCUCGGCACUUCAUACUGAACUGAAUGCACCUGUUUAUGACUGGAGAAUAUCUGUCCAUUCUCCUAUGAAGUUGGAAAAUCGCCUUCCCUGUCCGGCUGAAUUUACAAUCUGGGAAAGAACACGAGACGGAAAAUGCGUCGAACGACAACAUGGUAUUAUCUCUUCACGUGGGGGUGUACAUGUAUAUUCAGCAGACAUUCAGAAACCUUUGUAUCUUACGUUGUUUGUCCAGGGUGGUUGGGUCCUGGAGAAGGACCCCAUUCUUGUUUUGAAUCUUUAUUCCAAUGACCAUGUGUCAUCAUUCUGGAUGGUUCACCAGAAAAGUAAAAGGAGACUGCGUGUGAGUAUUGAACGUGACAUGGGAGGAACCACUGUUGCACCCAAAACAAUAAGAUUUUUUGUUCCAUACUGGAUUACUAAUGAUUCAUCUAUUUAUUUGGCAUAUCGAGUGGUAGAAGUAGAACCUUCGGACAAUGCAGAUACAGACUCCCUAAUGCUUUCUAGGGCAGUCAAGUCUGCAAAAACAGCCUUGAGAAGUCCAACAAACUCUAUGGACAGGAAGCAUUCUGCCACAAGGAGAAACAUCCAAGUACUUGAAGUUAUUGAGGACACUAGUCCUGUUCCUAACAUGCUUUCUCCACAAGAUUAUGCCAGCCGUAGUGGGGCUUCGCUGUUUCCAUCUCAAAAAGAUGUGUAUUUGUCCUCACGAGUGGGGCUUUCUGUUGCCAUUCGUCAUUCAGACAUUUACAGUCCUGGGAUAUCUUUUUAUGAGCUGGAAAAGAAGGAAAGGCUUGAUGUAAAAGCAUUCAGUUCAGAUGGAUCCUAUUACAAGCUUUCAGCGAGACUGAGCAUGACCUCAGACAGAACAAAGGUUGUGCACUUCCAGCCCCACACCUUGUUUAUUAAUAGAGUUGGUUACAGUCUCUGCCUGCAACAAUGUGAUUCUCAGUCCGUGGCAUGGAUUCAUCCCACGGAUUCUCCAAAGCCUUUUUGUUGGCAGUCUAGUGCCAAAGUUGAACUGUUGAAGGUGCGGGUGGAUGGUUACAAUUGGAGUGCACCAUUUAGUGUUUGUUAUGAAGGUAUCAUGCGUGUUUGCUUGAAGAAGGAUGCCGGAAAUGAUCUACUUCAAAUUCGAAUAGCUGUAAGAAGUGGAGCAAAGAACUCAAGCUAUGAAGUUGUUUUCCGUCCAAACUCUUCCAUGAGUCCUUACAGGAUUGAAAAUCGUUCCAUGUUUCUACCCAUCCGAAUUCGGCAAGUGGAUGGUACCAACGAUUCAUGGAAAUUUCUUCUUCCCAAUACAGCAGCUUCUUUUUUAUGGGAAGAUCUUGGCAGAAGACGUUUAUUAGAGAUCCUGGUAGAGGGGGAAGACCCAUUAAAAUCAGAGAAGUAUGAUAUUGAUGAGAUUUCUGAUCACCAACCCAUUCAUGUGGGAAAUGGGCCUUCUAAAGCUUUACUGGUUACUGUAAUAAAAGAAGAGAAAGUGAAUGUCAUCAAGAUCAGUGACUGGAUGCCAGAAAGUGAUCCAUCUGGAAUCUUGAGUACAAGCCACUCAUCACCUAUGUCCUCAGCUUCUAUACAGCAACAAUCACCAAUAGUCGCUGAUUGUGAGUUUCAUGUUAUUGUUGAGCUUCCUGAGCUUGGAAUAUCCAUUAUUGACCAUACACCCGAAGAAAUCCUUUACCUUUCUGUUCAGAAUCUUCUUUGUGCAUAUUCCACUGGCUUAGGUUCUGGAAUCAGUAGGUUCAAACUUAGAAUGCGAGGGAUACAAUUGGAUAACCAGUUGCCCCUUACUCCAACACCUGUUCUUUUUAGACCACAGAAAGUUGGAGAAGAUACUGACUAUAUCUUGAAACUUUCAAUCACAAUGCAAUCAAAUGGGUCACUAGAUCUUUGUGUCUAUCCAUAUAUCGGUCUCCAGGGACCUGAAAACUCUGCCUUUUUGAUAAACAUUCAUGAGCCAAUCAUUUGGCGCCUUCAUGAGAUGGUUCAGCAGGUCAACCUCAGUCGGUUGUCUGAUACUCAAACGACUGCUGUUUCUGUUGAUCCAAUUAUUGAAAUUGGAGUGCUUAGCAUUUCAGAGGUUCGAUUCAAAGUGUCAAUGGCUAUGUCACCUAGUCAGCGGCCAAGAGGUGUCCUCGGCUUUUGGGCAUCUUUGAUGACUGCAUUGGGGAACACUGAGAAUAUGCCAGUGAGGAUAAACCAAAAGUUUAAUGAGAACGUGUGCAUGAGGCAGAGUUCAAUGAUUAGCAUUGCUAUUUCAAAUGUUCAAAAGGAUCUUUUAGGCCAACCUCUUCAAUUGCUAUCUGGGGUUGACAUAUUGGGCAAUGCAAGUAGUGCCCUUGGACAUAUGAGCAAGGGCAUGGCUGCCUUAUCAUUUGAUAAGAAGUUCAUUCAAAGCCGACAGAGACAGGAAAGCAAGGGCGUAGAGGACUUUGGGGAUGUUCUCAGAGAGGGAGGUGGAGCACUGGCAAAAGGCCUCUUUAGAGGAGUUACUGGCAUAUUGACAAAGCCACUGGAAGGUGCGAAAAAUUCUGGCGUUGAGGGUUUUGUUCAAGGUGUUGGGAAAGGAUUAAUAGGUGCAGCUGCACAACCAGUGAGCGGGGUUCUCGAUCUUCUGUCAAAAACUACUGAGGGUGCCAAUGCGAUGAGAAUGAAGAUAGCAUCAGCAAUAACUUCCGAUGAGCAACUCCUCCGCAGAAGGCUGCCUCGUGUUAUUGGUGGUGAUAAUUUGAUUCGACCAUAUGACGACUACAAAGCACAGGGACAGGCCAUUUUGCAGCUGGCAGAAUCAGGUUCCUUUUUCCUCCAGGUUGAUCUGUUUAAAGUACGUGGGAAGUUUGCUCUAUCAGAUGCUUAUGAAGAUCACUUUUUACUUCGCAAAGGAAGAAUUCUUGUAGUCACUCAUCGAAGAGUGAUACUGUUGCAACAACCCUUCAACGUAGCUCAGAAGAAGUUCAACCCGGCUAGGGAUCCCUGUUCUGUAUUGUGGGAUGUACUGUGGGAUGACCUGGUGAUAAUGGAGAUGACACAUGGGAAAAAGGACCACCCAAAAGCUCCACCUUCACGGGUCUUUCUUUAUUUACAAGAUAAAUCAGAGAUGAGGGAACAAGUUCGUAUCAUAAAGUGCUUCCCUGAUACCCCCCAAGCACUGGACGUGUACUCUUCAAUUGAACGAGCAAUGAACACUUACGGGCCAAACAAACAAAAGAAAAUGCUGAAAAAGAGUGUGACAAUGCCAUACGCGCCAAUUGUUGAUAGCGCCAAGUGCUGAAGCUACACCAAAAGAUCUAGGGUCGCCCAGACUGGUGCCGGCAUCAAUUCCUCAUAGCUCAACUUUUGGUAGCCGCUCCAACUGAUCUCAAGAUUGUUGGUAAGGAACUAUGGUGUUUGGGAUUUCUGCUGUGGUUCGGUCACAAUCCCGCAUGCGCAGAUUUUCAUACCAUUCCCAGGUUUACGACAACGAUGAGGUUGUUUGAAGCAGGUGUUUUUUAAGAAGGACCAGUGACAAGACAUGCCUACUUUAAGUUUGCUAUUAGUCACCAGAGCUCUGCUAUAAUUAUGUACAGGUUUCAAACAUUCCUUGUAUAUGUCUUGGAAUAGUCGAUGAAUACGCACCGAUUUACUGAAGGUGAUGACGCCGAAGAGCAUGAAAGCCGAUUGUAGGUCAGGUGCCAUAUUUACAUGAUGCUGUAUAAUUAAGGCGUAGGUAGUAAAAUCCUAGUGAGUGCACCGUGUUUUACGUACGGCGUGUAGCGCCUUCGGACAAGAAAAAGAACCUCACCUAUUCAACAACUAUAUGAGCUGUAAUUUGGUUUUUGUAUAUCAUAUAUUCGCUUCAUGCUCA